ACUAUUGAAAUUAACACAUGUUUGAUCCAUUCACGCAGAUAACAUAAUCAAAAGUAUUAUAAGUUCAUUUUAAAACAAGCAAAAUUCCAAAAACGUUAACCAAUUGAAGCAGUAUUAUCUAUUCGUUGACAUCGUCGACAUUUACAUUAAAAUACGGAUUACUGAUCUUAACGGGAGUUUAAAGCAUUGUCAUCUCCUACCAAUAUUAAGUUUGGUACCAUAUUUUUGAAAGCCAGUUAAUGGAAAACCACUGGUCAGUGUUACAUCAAUUUUAACAUUACUAUAGUAUGAAAUUCGGAAUCCAACUUGGAUGUCCAGCAUGAUUAUUUCAAAUUUGCUAUUUGGAUACACGCUCAUCUUUUCACAAACUUGUAUAAACGCCAAACCGCCUGGGUUAAAGUUACCUUCGAAGAAAUCUGUGACGCAGGUAUUACUCAUAGGGCAGAUGAGAAGUGGUACGUCGUUUACUGGAGAACUUUUCAACCAACAUCCUGAGGCAUUUUAUAUGUUCGAACCCCUACGUGGUCUUCUACAGGCAAAUAUAACAGAUAAACAAUCUCUUAUGAGAUUAGUGAAGGGAUUUCCUCUUGAAGAAGGCGUGUCAAACAUAAUGAAGGGCAUCCUAGAAUGUGAUUUUUCUCAAAUUUCUUCGAACAUACUCAAAAACGAUUUUAUGCUUCGCUCAAGACAGACUUCUGAGUUUUAUACAUGCUUCAGAAAAAAUGAACCAUCAACAGAAACAUUCCAAAAAUGUUUGAAAUUACUGACAAACAGAUGUAAACAAUCUUCACUUCGAGUUGUUAAAACAAUUAGAAUGACAACUGAGUUAGCUAGUACACUACUGUCAUCUUUACCGAAUUUGAAAAUAGUAUAUCUGGUCAGAGACCCGAGGGCAAUAAUCCAAUCUAGAAUUAUGCUUAAUCUCGUUGAUGAACACGAUUUAAAGAAUGAAUCUACCGAACUGUGUAACAGAAUGGAUAAAGACAUGCAUUUCAUCGAAAAAUCAACGACAAAAAACAGGAUAAAAAUUGUGCGAUAUGAAAAAUUUGCAAUACAUAAAGUAUCGGAGGCAAAGGAUUUGUUUAAAUUUGUUGGUAGUGAAUUGCAUACUGGUAUUGUAAAAUGGAUGAAACAAAACUCUGUUAAAUCUACAAAUUUUAACCCAUAUUCCACGUCGAGAAACUCUACGGAAUCCGUAGGUCGUUGGCUAAAGCAAAUAAAACGUGAAACUGCCAAAAAGGUUGACGAAUCUUGUGUAAACUUAUACAAAGUCUUUGGCUAUACAGAAUUCGAUUAUCUGAUAGAGAAGUAAAAUGAUAUAUAUAUUAAUGAUUUGAUUUAUUUUUCAAAAUAUCUAUUCAAAUAAUUGGUGUCGUCGCUCUUGUUUAAACUUGAUACAUGAAUAAUAAUGUGCCUGUAAAAAAAAAUUGUAGAUAUUUUUAUUUUCCUAUAAUUGUUGAUUUUCCUUUUUUUUUUGGCGUUGAUAAGCUUGUGGUAGCAUCUCACGAUGUUUAAUUAUUACAGCUAUUCCCGUGUAUUUCGUUACGUUUUGGAUUUCAAUGAAAGUAAUCUAUGUUUAAUUUACAGUUACUGAUAAAUCAUGCAGUAAGUCAUUGAUUUGGUUACCACAAAUAAGUUAAAAUCUUUACUGAAUUCUUCCAUAGAUAUAAUAAACCUAUAUUCUGGCAUUAUUAAAGAAGACGACACCAAAUUUUAGGAUUUAUGGUGAACUUGGUAUUUAUCCCAUGUCUUUAUAUAUACAGCUGCGUAUGGUUAAUUUUUGGUCAAAAAUGGUAAAUGGGGAUGAUAACAGGAUUGCUAAAAUACUAUACAAAUACAUGUUCUUGAAAAAUUCGGAUAACCAAUUUAGGUCAGAUUGGUUGAAAUACAUUAAAGAUAUAUAAGAUAAAUGUGGAUACAGCAAUAUAUGGUUGUCACAAGGAAAUUUUAAUUCUAAGUGGUUAGGUAUAAGUUUAAAACAAAAGUUAUUUAAUCAGUUUCAACAGAAAUGGAGAGCUGAUAUUGACUGUUCGCCAAAAGGUUUAGCCUACAAAUUGCAUAAACAAAAUUUUGAAUUUGAGGAAUAUCUGAAUAUUUUAAAUGAUAAAGAUAGAAUAACAUAUUGUAGAUUUCGUACGGGUAACUAUAAGUUACCCAUCGAAACUGGUAGAUGGAAUAAGAUUGAGCGAAACCUUAGAUAUUGUAACUUAUGUCAUUGUAACGAGAUUGGUGAUGAAUUUCAUUACACUUUGCAGUGUAGUUCUUUGGCAAAUUUUCGAGCACAAUAUUUGGAUACUUUUUUCUUGCACAGAUGUAACAUACUAAAAUUUGAAAAAAAACUAUUUCAGUUAAAAAUUAAAAAUAAGUUGAAAAAGCUGUGCAAAUUUAUCAGGGUUAUAACUUUUCAAGUGAGUCUUCCUGGUUAAUCAUCAAUCUUCUUUACUAUAAUACUGUUUAUUUUUAUUGUAUUUGAUAUUUUCAUCUCAUCUUGUCAUGUGUGUUUGCGUUAUGUUAUAUGACGUCUGUUGAACUUCUUUGUACCAUUGUAUCUUUAUGGUGUUUCAGAAAUAAAGAAUCUUGAAUCUUGAA